UGUUGAGCUUUUGCAAUAUACAAACUUGUUGUUGUAUAAACAAUCAUUUUUCGUAACGAGUGUUUAAAUACAUUCGAUUCAACGAACAAUAUUAAGUAUUUGUUCAUCACGAAACAUAAGGUGAUACAACGCAAGAUGAGCAAACCGUUUCAAUUCAAGCAUCAACAUUACAUGCGCAGUUGAAUUCGUACGUCCAUACACAGAAUCAAAUUGACAUCAUCAGUACGACAUAUACAAGUAUUAAAUGUAUUCCUGAGUAACGAUUCGUUACUUGAAGUCAGGUGGUGUACCCGUUACUUGGUAACGAAUACAUACGGUUUGUUACAGCUGAUGCUUAAACGACGCACUUCACGUAUAUGGAUAUCGUUUUCCUUUACAAAGUUAUUAACUGUCGGAACAAUUUACCCCGGGAACUUCCAGCCCCGGCCUCCCCUACAGACGUUUUUGUCGUUGAAUUAGUUUAUUUGCGGACAUAUUUUGAUUUCCUGUAGUCUGUGGAUGUUUGACGUAUGUUGGAUACGUCACGUCGUCCUCACGUCAACGUCACUUUAUUUAUGCAUCUCGGAGGUUGUAAAUGAAAAUCGAGAGAAGAAAUCUAAUAGAAUAAAUUAUUUAAAUUGUAUUAAACUGUCAUUUCAAAAAUGUCUAAAGUUACUUUCAAGAUCACAUUGACUUCAGACCCAAAGCUUCCUUUUAAAGUAUGCUGACAACUUCCUGGGUUCUACGUUGAAGUAACUACGCUUAAUAUGGAUACAGCUGUUGUUCGACAAUUCCUAGACUUUUUCCAAGACUUCAUUAAUUUGUGUCAUUCAGCAAACUGGCCUGACAACACUACAAGUGAAACAGAAAUUCAAAAUGCUUUUCUCGUAGCGGAACAUGUUGAGAAAUGUCUUAACAAACUACAAAAGAGAACUAUUCUUAAUGAUUUUUUAUCUAAUAUAAGUAAUACACAAGAUCUGCACCAUACUACACUCAAAAGAUGUCUUUCUGAUCCAUCAAAGUAUGUGUUAAAGAAAGUUGUAAAUUCAAACACAAAUAUCCAGCAAUUAGAUAUAACAUUUAAAGUUUUUGUUGAAAUAUUCUCUGAAGAGAAAUUAGAACAAUGUUUAGCAGAUAUUAUGUUAGAAACUGCAUCAAAACAAACACUGUUGAAUAACAUGUCUCGAGAGAUUCCUAAACAGAAAAUAUUAGGGUUCAAAAGUCAAAUAUUUCUUAGUGAAUUGAAUAAUUGUAAUGAACCAAAAGAAACAAUUUUAACAAUGUUUAGUGAUUGUAAUCAAGACACAGUUGAUUUACUUGUGGUUAGUAUGACUAAUAACAAUUUACAAAACCACAAAUCAAUAUCUUGCAUUGUAAAAUUAUUGAUAGAUAUUACUAGAUCAAAAAGACAUGAUCACAAAAAGUUUUGGAAAUACCUGUUCAAUGUUGAAGAAACAUAUUUUCUUGAAAUGUGCACGAGGCACAGUGAUUGGUUCAAAAUCAUUGUCCAAGCUCUGCUUGAUUGUGGAAAAUUGUUACAGGAGAAUAUGUCAGCUGAGUAUUUCUACAUAGAUUUAACAUACUCAGAGUUAGUUAGCAAUGUUAGGAAAAUAUGCCAUAAUGAAUGUUUAAGAAUUGAAUUCUUUGACAUUGUAAAAGAAUGUGAUAUUGAUACAACUUUCUGGGAUAAUUUAAUUAAAUAGCAUUUAGUUACGAUAUAUCCAAAUAGGAUUUAUACAAUUAUUUUUAUCAUUAUAUGUGUUUUUAUUAAUAAAUCAUGAUGAAUAUGUUAUGUAUGACAUAUAUUAUUUACACAAAUGUAACCUUCCUUGGUCCUUAAAUUAAAUUAAAGUUCACUUCAGUAAGCUGACACCAAAAACUAACGAUUUAUUCAGACAAUUUUACAACACUGCUGGUUUUAGUAACAUUAUAUUGUUAUCUGCAGAAUUUUUGUUUCAUUGAAAAAAAUAAUAGUGAACAACUAAGUCACCAUAAAAUACACAAGUACCUAAGACUUAUUUAUUUAUUCCAUAUAAACUGUUACAUGUACUUCUAAAAGUUAGGUAGGUCAUGCUAUUGGUCUACUAAUCAGUCUGUCCAGUAUUAGUACCAGUCUUUCGCCUAACGGAAAUGCUUUGUAAAACGCUAAUGCUUACAUAUGCAGAUUUCAUUUUGUUAUUUCUAGCCGCCUGGGGUUUUUAAAAUGCCUCGCACUCUUUUUUUUUCUUUUGCAUUGGUAAUAAUAAUAUUAAAAAAAAUUGCAUGAGGUAUUUGAAAACCUUCGGCGGUCAGAAAUAACAAAAUAAAAUCGAAAGCGUUAGCGUUUUCCAAAGCAUU